UCACGUAGUUAUAAAAUGAUGUUCAGAUUAACAAUAUGCUUUUUAAUUGUUGUGAAGGAGACAACAGCCAAAUCAUUUCUUAUAGAAACUGUAGACACUCCGUCAAAACCAGGUUAUGUAACAAGUAAUAAAACUGAAGAAAGUACAGACUAUGAAAACGCGAAAGUUGAAGAGAAGGAUACUUUGCAAUGUGAUCAUACUAUGGGAGGACUGAACACAAAAGACUUUUUAAGCGCUGAUUGGAUAAAAAGUGUAAAACCCUGCACUGAAGCAAUGAUCAAAAUGGAAGAUGACAUGUUUACAAUAUCACGAGGGAAAGAUAAAACCCCAGUCAAGAUCAAUGGAUUUCCAAUUACAACGGCUGAGUACCAAAAAGCUCUUGAUGGGGAAAAGGUUACACUUAGUGCUGAUGGCCAAACUGCUGAAUUAGUUGUAAAGGAUGGAAAUGUUACAAUUGAUGGAAAAUCACUGAAUGUUGGGUCUAGUAUGACAAUGACUAUCUAAGAAACAUUAUUAUUAUAUGAUUGAAAUAAAAUUAUUUUAAAUUA